AAGCACCCUUCGCCUCCUCCUCCUCUCUCGGGUUCGAUUUCUCGAAGCUCGGCGACCAAGCAGCAGCUAUGCGUGAGUGCAUCUCCAUACAUGUUGGCCAAGCCGGUGUCCAGAUUGGCAAUGCCUGCUGGGAGCUGUACUGCCUUGAGCACGGUAUCCAGCCCGAUGGGCAGAUGCCCAGUGACAAGACCAUCGGCGGAGGAGACGACUCCUUCAACACAUUCUUCAGUGAAACAGGAGCGGGCAAGCAUGUUCCUAGGGCCGUUUUUGUAGAUCUGGAGCCAACAGUAAUUGACGAAGUGCGCACAGGAACCUACCGCCAGCUCUUCCACCCUGAGCAACUCAUCACUGGCAAGGAAGAUGCUGCCAACAACUACGCCAGGGGCCACUACACCAUUGGCAAAGAGAUCAUUGACUUGGUCCUCGACAGGAUCAGGAAGCUGGCCGACCAGUGCACAGGUCUCCAGGGCUUUCUGGUCUUCCACAGCUUUGGUGGUGGCACUGGUUCUGGUUUUACUUCCUUGCUGAUGGAGCGCCUGUCUGUUGACUAUGGCAAGAAGUCCAAGCUGGAGUUCUCCAUCUACCCAGCUCCCCAAGUCUCCACCGCUGUAGUCGAGCCCUACAACUCCAUCCUGACCACCCACACCACCCUGGAGCACUCCGACUGCGCUUUCAUGGUAGACAAUGAAGCCAUCUAUGACAUUUGCCGCAGGAACCUUGACAUUGAGCGCCCCACUUACACCAAUCUGAACAGGUUGAUCGGUCAGAUUGUGUCCUCCAUCACAGCCUCCCUGCGAUUUGAUGGUGCCCUGAAUGUAGAUCUGACAGAAUUCCAGACCAACUUGGUGCCCUAUCCCCGUAUCCAUUUCCCUCUGGCCACCUAUGCCCCUGUCAUAUCUGCUGAGAAAGCUUACCAUGAACAGCUUUCUGUAGCAGAGAUCACCAAUGCUUGCUUUGAGCCAGCCAACCAGAUGGUGAAAUGCGACCCUCGUCACGGUAAAUACAUGGCCUGCUGCCUGUUGUACCGUGGUGACGUUGUUCCCAAAGAUGUCAAUGCUGCUAUUGCUACCAUCAAGACCAAACGUACCAUCCAGUUUGUGGACUGGUGCCCCACUGGUUUCAAGGUUGGUAUCAACUACCAGCCCCCCACCGUGGUCCCUGGGGGUGACCUGGCCAAAGUGCAGCGGGCCGUCUGCAUGCUGAGCAACACCACCGCCAUUGCUGAGGCCUGGGCUCGCCUGGACCACAAGUUUGACCUGAUGUAUGCCAAGCGUGCCUUUGUCCACUGGUACGUUGGGGAGGGGAUGGAGGAAGGCGAGUUCUCAGAGGCCCGGGAGGACAUGGCUGCCCUAGAGAAGGAUUAUGAAGAAGUGGGUGUGGAUUCUGUUGAAGGAGAAGGGGAGGAGGAAGGAGAGGAAUACUAAAGUAAAAUGUCACAAUGGUGCUGCUCUUACAGGGAAUUUUAAGCUAUUUAACAACAUUCAAGUUUUGGUCUGAUCAGUUAAUUUAUGUAGCAGUGUAAAGUCAGAUACCAUUGUUUGCCCUACAAUAACUGAUCUGUUCUAUAAAACGUGAACAUUUUACAGACCCAAGCCAUCCAAUAAUGUUAUGGAUUUGUGAAUAAAAGGCAUUCCCUGUCCUA